AAAGCUCUCCCACAUGCUUGCCUUGCAUGCACGCUUCCAGCCGAGGAACCAGCUGUCAGCAGGUUCAGCGAUCCUCUGAGGACCACUACUAUGCAGACAGCCGAGAACAGGCUCCACAGGGGCUGCCUGCUCCUGGCCCUCAGGCGCUACAGUGCCGUUGUCCAUGAAAUGGAGCAGACUGUUCUUCUGCCCAGCCUACUGAGGGAUGUAGAGUCAUACUCUGAGGAAGACUGUUUCCAGGACUGCAUCUCUGCAGCUGAAAGCCCAGCUAAAGACCUCUACGAUUCCUACUUGAUGCUGAAAUCCAUCAGAAACACGGUGGAAAGUGGAAUGAUGCCGCCAGAUGACCGCAGCACAAAAACCCAGACCCGCCAGGCCCUGAACAACACCUUGGACUGCCUGAUGGAGGCCGAUCCUGAGGCUCUCUUUCACUUCCACCUCCGGGGCCUGUUCUCAAUCAUGGCGAACCUCACAAAGAAGUCCCAGGGUCUAACGGCCAAGUACAUGGACAUCAUUGGAAUAAUGAAUUAGCACAUGACGACAUCCUUCAACAAAACAAGGUUAACGUUUGACUUUUGAACAGAAGAUAAAAGUUCAGGCUGUUUACAUAUACAGUGAAUAGCCUGUGGUAAACCUAAAUAAAACGGUGUGUCGGUUUUGA